CACGCAGUAUCGACCAUCCGCCGUGUCAUGGUGGCCUGACCGCGCCCUUUCCCCUCAUCGAAAAGAAGACUAGGUCGCUAUUGUAUCCCGCAAUCCAGGCGACAAGAUGUCGGUCGCAAGCAAGAACCUCUACGACCUCCUCGGCAACGAUGUGGAGGAGGAGACCCCUCGUCCUCCUAUGAAGAUCGUCGAAAAGUCGGUUUCCCGCACUACCAAGCGUAACGCCGAACCUGAGGCUCCUGCUCGCCUUCCUGCCGGCGGAGCUGGCAAUCGCCGGUCUAACGCCUCUGGCAACGAGGCUGCCUUCCGCGAUCGCAAUGUUGGCAGCGACCGCAACCGUGGUCGCCCGACCGAGGAGGGGGGCCGGGGUGGCUCCAGCGGCGGCUAUGGUGCUCGCGCCCGCGGUGGCCGUGGCGGGCGCUUCCCCCGUGAGCGUGACGAUCGUCACCCCAAAAACAUUGCCAGCGGCUCUGAGAAGCAGGCUGCCCAGUCCUGGGGCGCCCCUGAGGGCACCGCUGAGCUGAAGGACGAGCAGGCCGGCGAGGCUAUUGCCCAGUCCGAGAAGAAGGAGGCUGAGGGCGAGGCCGUCACUGACGAGAACGCCAAGCCCGAGGAGCCUGAGGACAAGCACAUCUCGUAUGCCGAAUACCUCGCCCAGCAGGCCGAGAAGAAGCUCGCCCUCAACGCCGCUCUUGAGCCCCGCAAGCCCAACGAGGGCGCCGACCAGAAGUGGGGUAAGGUCCAGGAAGUCCAGCGUAACGACGAGGAGUACGUCCCUGCCACUGCUAGCAAGAGCAGGCGCGAGCGCGAGAAGAAGGCCAAGCAGGUCAUUGAGAUUGACCAGCGCUACGUCGAACCCGAGCGUCCUCAGCGCGGAGGCGCUCGUGGUGGCCGUGGUGGCCCGGGCGGCCCUCGUGGCGGUGGUCGCGGCGGCGACCGUGGUAAUUUCCGUGGCGGUGACCGUGGCAACUUCCGCGGCGGCGACCGUGGCGACCGUGGCGACCGUGGCAACUUCCGCGGCGGCGACCGUGGAGACCGUGGCGACCGUGGCAACUUCCGUGGACGCCGCGACAACGCUGGCCCCAGCCUGAAUCCCAAGGACGAGUCGGCCUUCCCCAGCCUCGGCGGCAAGUAAAGAAACAAAAAAACAAAACCAAAAGGAGCUUGUGUGUGUGUCGCAAGCCCUCUCUUCCCAAUACGAGCACCACGGACGGCAUCGUGUACCGUCUCUCUUAUCUAGCUCCCUCCUCUGUACGGGACUGGUCUCGUUGCAAUGGGAAUUGCGUUUCGUUAACCCGAAAACAAAAGUUGAUCCUCCGACGGGUUUUUAUCGUUGCAGAGUUUUAUCGCAGCCGUCGUCGUCGAAGGAAUGAAAUGGGAACCGGUUUUCUUUCCUUUUUUCUUUUCUUCUCGUUUUGUCCCCUAGGUAUCUCUUGCCAGGAUCCUCGCUUUUGUUUCUCCCUCUACCUCAGGUCUUUAGGGUUCUAGGUCUAGGUCCGGGGAUGGGUCUCCAGGGUAUGGAGAGUCAAAAUGGAUCCGCUCUGUCUUCA